AAACAAAAGCUAAAAAAACUAGAAGAUUAGAUAGAAAAAGAAAAGCUGUUACCAAAUGGUAUAAAGAAAAUCCUAAUUCAAUAAUUGAAGCAUCUAUAUCUACAUCUGCAAUAUCAAUUCCAAUAAUAACAAUAGCAGCAACAUCUGUAGUAGCAAGCACAUCAAUACCAAUACUUACAACAAUAUUUGUAACAAUAUCUACACCAACAUUUGCAAUACCACCUGCAGUAACAACUACAACAACACUUGCAACAAUACUUACAACAAUAUCUGCACCAAUAUUAACAACUAAUUCUAUAAUAAUAUCACCAACAACAACACCAUCUCCAGCAAGUUUAGAAUUAGUAUCAAUAUCAGCAUUAGGUGGAUUACAAUCAUUUAUUUCAACAACAUUAUCAAUAGUAUUUACUGAAUCAACAACCUUGGAAUCGACAAAUUUACAACAAAAAGAAUAG